GAACGCAGAAAAGCUGCUGUUUAAGGAAAUAUGCACUUGUAUUGGUCCAUUUCACUGGUCCUUUUGGGAGCUUUGAGGUGUAAGACCGCUGACUCGCCAAUGAUCUACGGCUCAGCGGAAUUAGAGCACGACUGGGCCGAGGCCUUCAAGCUCAUCAUCACCGUCAAAAUGCAGUACCCAGUCCCUAACGGUUGGAGGAUCGCACUGAUAUUUUCCCAGCCAAUCAAGAAGAUCGACGUAUGGCGAGCGAUCGUCUUAAAGAAAUCUGCCGAUCAAAGAAUACAUGAUCUCAAAGAAGAAUAUUUCAAUAAAAAAUUGGCAACGGGUCAAGUUCUAACAUUUGCUGUGGUGGCCUACAAAGGCAAGAGAAACUCCCCCCCUGGUAACGUCACAGUUAUAUUCAAAGGCGGAAACAAAAGUCCUCGACUCCCCACCCAGACCCCGUUUCAGCCCACGACACCUCAACAAGUUAUACCGAUCUAUCCACUUAAGCCGGUCGAUGAAUCGAAUUCUGGUUUUAAAAUGAUCAUGGAAUACCACGUCCCAGAGGCUGUGAAUUACUGGAGCAUAUCACUCAAGUUCACCAAAAAGAUCAGCACGAAGAAUUUUGCUAUCGACAAGGCGACAGUCUCGCUUCCAAAAGCAUCAACUAACGACUCUUUUUGUCUCGGACCCCGGCCCUACAAUAAGAAGCUCAAAGCGAAAUCAUAUCUCCGCCUUGAAUUUAACUGCUACAAAGCGAAGUUGUACGAAGCUGCACCGAAUGCAUUCUUCGUUUUCAAUCCAAAUGCGACGAAAUGUAAAGAUUUUGAUCUGCCUGCCCCAGCUCCUGGACCACCGGCCCCACAAGAACGCGCCGGCGUAGAAUUGAUUCAUCAAUGGCCGCCAAAUAACUUCAAGAUGAGGUUUGAGUUGCAAGUGAUAGAUUCUGUCCGAGGCGGAUGGAAAGUUAUCUUGGAGUUUUCCAGACCAGUUGCUGAAAUAUCUAAUCUGAACGCAGCCAAGCUUUCCGGAAAAUCCCAAGACGGACAAACCUACUACAUCGAGAAUUUCCCGGGACAGAUUCAGAACGCCAACCUAAAGCAAUGUGAAAAAAUUCGAAUCGAGUUUUCCGGGAAACUGGCACCAGGUUCAAAUGCGCCCCUGACGGCUCAGGUGCUAUUUGAGAGGAAAGAACCAGAAUACGCGGAGGUGAAUCUUCAUGGGGCGUGUCCGACUAAAGGUCCAUCAGCAAAAUAAUCCAGGAAAAAUUCAGUCAUGAUCAAAAGUUCUAGAAAAUAGCGGGAUUCGAUAACUCUGUGGCGAACAUAUUUUGAUUUCUCUUUCAACUGAUCACCUUCACUGAUUGUUUGCUCGCAAGAGGUGCAAU